AAAGCUUUCCUUUUACUUACUCAUUUUAUGGUAGAUCAUUUAAUAUUGUUGAUCCUAAGUCCUCAGCUGGAGAAUCAUCAAGUCUUCUAGGAUUUGUGAAAGGACCAGCAAUGUACAUGGUGACAGAUGACUUGGUUGUGACUCCAAUGUCAUCCAUUUCUGCUGUUUCAUAUCUAAAAAGACUUCCAGUACCACUCUCUGACAUGGAGGAAAGGGUCAUAACAAUUGGUGUGAAGGAGGGUCUUGGAAUAUUGAAAGCUUCAUUGACCUCAACAUUUGCUUUGACAAACGGCCUGAAACACUUCAUAAAAACCACUGAGGAGAAUGGACCAAUCACUUCCGCAUGGUCUAAAUUUAUAAAUAAGGUUUUAAAUUUUAGCCACAACAUCAUAGUUUUUAGACUCCUUGCAGUUGUAUCACGACUGCAAUCUGUGUAUGCAAUUUCUACAAUUUCAAAGAUUGCAACAAAACUGGAGCCGGAACCACAAUUUAAAACUUUGGUUAUGGGUGCUACAAAAUACACUCUUACAUAUAUCAGAGCAGUAGCUUUUCUAUUGUUAUCAUGCUUUGUAUUAGGUAAACUGUUAGGUAAAACAUCAUGA